GAAUAGAGAACGAGAGAAAAAAACGAGAAGAAGAGUUCAAUGGGAGAGAAGAACGAUAUAAAACACUGAUGAAAGACAGAGAGGAAAAGGAGAGGAAAAUGCUCGAGCAGAUGAAACUGGAACGAAUGCAAUGGGAGAAACAGAAACAAGAUGAAAGACAGAAAAGAGAAGAAGAAAAAAUAGAACUAGAAAAACUGAAAUUUGAACUUUACAGGCAACAACAAAGUCCAGAUAGAGAUUACGGAAUGAUGCAAAAAAGACAAAGAGUUCCUGUCAACAUCCAGGAUACUCCUGUCUCCAGUCUCUCACCCAUAAGGAUUGUGCUGCUGGGUCGUGGUGGUGCUGGGAAGAGUGCAGCUGGAAACACAAUACUGGGACAGAAAGAGUUCAGAUCUGAGAUAAGUGUGACUGCAGUAACCCGUGAAUGUUCAGCUGCUCACGCCACUGUUUCAGGCAGAUCUGUGACUGUAGUUGAUACUCCUGAAUUCACUUACAUCAACACUGAGCAGUCAAUGACAGAGAAAAGGAGAAGUGUUUAUUUAUCCAGUCCUGGACCUCAUGCUUUCCUCAUUGUGUUUCCUCUGAAUAUGUGGUUCACUGAACAUGAGCAGCAGAUUAUUCAGCAGAUUGAGAUGAUGUUUGGUCAGGAGGUGUUAAAAUACUCCAUCAUUCUCUUCACUUAUGGAGAUCAGCUGAAAGAAGAAACCAUUGAGGAACUCAUCGAGAAGAACUAUGUUGUAAGACGUGCAGUACAGCAGUGUGGAGGCAGAUUUCACGUCUUCAACAACAGAGAUCAGAGUAACAGAGAGCAGGUGAAUGAUCUGCUGCAGAAGAUUGACACAAUGAUCGAGCAGAACAGAGGAGGACACUACAGCAAUCAGAUGCUUGAAGAUGAUCUGAGAUUCAGACGAGAGGAGAAACAAAGUCAGCGUUGUGUCUGUAGUUGAUACUCAUGAAUGUUUCACAAAAAUAUGAAAGCCUGAAAGUGUUUAUUUAUCCAGUCCUGGACCGCGUGCGUUUCUCAUUGUUUAAUGGCAGGUCUGUUAGAAGAGAGCACAGAGAACCAGACUGAGGUGAACAGUAAUGAGAUGUCUGAAGAUGCUCUGAGAUGCAGAUGAGAGGAAAGAAAAAACAAAGAGUAAAACUAUGAUAGAUGAAAACACACAGACUGAAUAAGUGAUUGCUAAAAGAAAAGAAGCCACUAGUGAUGUUUUGCGUAU